UUUCCUGUUGUCACGGCGUGAUCAUUUUUUUCUCUCUUUACUUCUCCUUUUACACAAAUAGACCCAGACUUCUGUGUUAGCAGCCUGUGUUGGCCACCUUAAAGAUAAUCAGCGAAUUCCACCUGAAGUAUUGAGGGACAUUGCCUACAAAAGGUCAUACUAUCCCAGCAUGGGCAUGAGCAGCCUGAAAUUGUUGAAAUAUGUCCUAUUUAUCUUUAACCUGCUCUUUUGGGUCUGUGGCUGUUGCAUUUUGGGCUUUGGUAUCUACCUCCUGGUCCAAAACACCUAUGGAGUGCUCUUCCGUAACCUUCCCUUCCUGACACUGGGCAAUGUUCUCGUCAUCGUGGGCUCCAUUAUCAUGGUAGUUGCCUUCUUGGGCUGCAUGGGCUCAAUCAAGGAAAACAAGUGCCUGCUUAUGUCGUUCUUUGUUCUGCUGAUGAUUAUUCUCCUUGCUGAGGUGACCUUAGCCAUCCUGCUCUUUGUGUAUGAACAAAAGCUGAACAAGUAUGUGGCUGAGGGCCUGAAUGACAGCAUUCAACAUUAUCACUCAGACAACAACACCAUGGCGGCAUGGGACUUCAUCCAGUCACAUUUGCAGUGUUGUGGUGUAAACAGCUCAAGUGAUUGGACCAAUGGUCCACCAUCUUCCUGCCCACCAGAUGCAGAUGUUCAGGGUUGCUAUAAUAAAGCAAAAUCGUGGUUUCACUCCAAUUUCUUGUAUAUUGGAAUCAUUACCAUCUGUGUAUGUGUGAUACAGGUGCUGGGGAUGGCCUUUGCACUGACACUGAACUGCCAGAUUGACAAAACCAGUCAGGCCUUAGGACUGUGACUUGCAACUGCCCUGAGCUUAAAAGACUUAUUUCUCUCUGGAAAUCCAAAACACCUAUAGUAUGAGACCCCAAACAAUCGCCUGCCUGCCUGGCAUUUUGGUUUUCUCUUAUCUCUUCCUUGAUUGGGUCCCUGUCUUAUACAUCCAAGGAAGAGAAUAUUUGCCAUGAACUCUCCAUCUCAAGGAGAAGACAAUCAUUCACCAACUGAUGGCAGUAGCCAUAUCCCUUAAAGAUGGUGAAACAUACCUGGGUGAAUUUUUUGGACAUCAGAGGCCAAGAGAAUCUGUAGCCCUGCUGUCUUGAGAUCCAAUGAUAGCUGCAGGUGUGGAUAUAGCUCAGAGUAUUGUGUGAACCCCUGAAUUUAGCAUAUGUGAGCCCCUGAAUUUAGCCCUGAGUUCUACAAAAAAUAGGUCCAAGUUUAAAUGUUAGACUCUUAACAAUUGUCAAAUCAGUCUCUAACUUCUAAAUCAUGAUACUUUCACUCUACAUAAGAGACAAGCUAAAGGGAAUUUUGGAGUCAGAUUCACUGGACAAGUGAUAUACCCUGUUUCCUUUUGAACAUAGUAAUAGGAAUGUUACAUGGAUCUUUCUUCAAAGGGAAAUACUACAAUUUCUUUGUUAAAAUAUCUUACUGAUUUCUGUUCCUUCCAUCCAUCCAUCCAUCGAUCCGUCUAUCCAUCCAUCCAGAAGACUAUCUAAUGAUUCUUAUCCUUCUUCAGUCAGUCUUAAAGCCUUUGAAUUAUAUAGUCAUAGACCAAUCCAGAAGUACUAAUAUCUCCACUGUGUUAGCUGAUAAUCGAAUUCAUGUUUAUGUUGUUAUUUCUAUACCAAAUAAGGUUCUGUUUAGGUACUAUUUUAACAAUUUAAUAAACAAAAUAGUUUAUGAUCACUAUUCAUCAAACAUUUGACUCAGUCUGAUAUUUCUGCUAGCAAGUCAAAUGUAUUACUAUUUUUGUGUAACAAGUUAGUCCAAAAUAUAGUGGUAAAGAACCUAUACACAUUUGUUUUGUUUAUUGACUGAUUUAAAGACAAGGUUUUGCUAUGCAGCCCAGGCUGUCUUGGAACGUGCUACGUAGCCCAAAUUGGCACCAAACUCAUGAUCAUUCUGCUUCUACCUUCUGAAUAUUAGAAUUACAGAUAGGUACCACUGUACUUACUCAGGAAAACAUUUAUUAUCUGAUGGAUUUAGGUAAUCAAGAAUGUGGAAGCAGCUGCGACAAAUGAUAUUAGGUUGUUGCUGUUUUGCACAAUCAUGACUAAGUGGUCAGCCAUGUCUUCAGUCAUCUAUAGUCUCCGCGGGAAAGGAAUCCACUGCAUGUUCUCACAAUAGGCCUUAUAGUAUGGCCCCACAUACUUUUACAUAAGUAGUUUUCUGCACAAUGAAACAGCUAAGACAUAGAAUGAGAUAUAACAACCAAAAUAGAAGCCACAGUCCUUUUAUAACCUAACCUAAAAGUGCUGCCAUCAGUCAUUCUUAGAAAUGGUUCAAAAGUUCGAUUCCCACUUGAGAUUACACAAGGGUAUGACUACUAGGAAGUUGAGAUCAUUGCUUGAUUGCUAACCAUUUUCUCAUGUUUGUUGUGUCAAGAAGACAAUAUACUUGUCUAUAUGAUAACUAUAGUCUAUAAAGUAGAAAAUUAGAAAAUAUAUAAUAUAAUGCCUAAUGUACAGAACUCAGAGGAAAGAAAAGAAAGUAAUUGGUUUCUGUUCUAUAAAUUUUCUAUAGGAUCUUCUACCUCCCCUUAAGGAAAACUGGUUACUUUAGUGGGCUUCUGUAGGGAAAAUAUCUAUUGGCAUUUUAUGAGACAUAUAAAGAAGAGAAGAGACACUUCUUUGUUCAGACUAACACAUAGUGGUGACAUCACCUGGUAAAUUUUCCUACCUAGUACCUGAGUUUUUUUUCUUAGCUCUAUUUUGAUCUUCACUCCCAGCUGUUGUGAAAUUCUAAGAAUUCACCUAUGAGGUGUUACAAAUUCAUCUAUCUCCUCAUCUAAGUUCUUGCCACACUCUUUCAAUAGUAUGUCGUCUGCAGUCUUAGUAGCCAGCAAUGGACCCAUCUGAACUAUUUCCCACACAGAACCUCAAAUUAUAUGUGUAAAGCAUAAAUGCAAUCAUAUAUAUUUUUUAAUAAAUGAAACUCUUCAUUGACUGCUGUUUUGAAAAUAAAAUUCAGAUACUUAAUCUGCCACACCCUA